AUGCACACGCGCAGCUCCCUUCGGUGCUGGGUUGUGGCGAUAUUGGCAGCUUGCUCUAGGCCGUCGGCGAGAUGCGAGGCUUUGAGAGAACGAGGCGAACAUCGACUGCAAGAAAGAGAGAUCACAGAUUGCACGUUCGCCCUACAAGUGAAGCAUCGCGAAGGCGAGGAUGACGAGAUCGCGCUGAUGGCCAGACGGGCCGCGGUGCGACACGAUUGGAAUCCAUACGGAGCGCAAGAUUCUUUCUCCAUGGGCCACGCCGACCAGGUGCAGCAGCUUUGGGGACGAGUCCCCAAGGCCGCUGGUGAGCUCAAGACGUGGAUGAUCGUGCUGGAAAGCGAUGCUACGGAUGAGGAGGUGAAAGUGCUCUGCCAGAAACUCCACAACGGGCAUCACAGUCAUCCAGGCAGGGGCGAGGUGCCGUUCGUGGAGGGGGCCUUGACAGAAAAUGAGCUCCAUGCCGUGCUGGAGAUGUACUCUGAGCGUGUGAAGUACGUCGAAGAGGACCGGUUCGAGAGAAAGGUCGUGGAGCACAUCGAUGUAUUCCACGGUCCCAUGGAGCGGCGGACGUACCCAUGGGGCAUGCAAGAUAUUAAUGCGGAUUCAGUCCGGGGGCGAGGCGCGGGAGUGAAUGUGUACGUGCUGGACACUGGCAUCCGCACAACCCACGUCUCGUUCGGCGGUCGGGCCUUUGCUGGAGUUGACGUGGCCACCAGUGGGAGCUUGACAGUGUGCGAUCCAAGCAGCACAACGUGCGCUGCAGACAAUCAUGGGCAUGGCACCCACUGCGCGGGCACAGUGGGGGCCUCGACAUAUGGCGUUGCAGAUGGCGCCACCAUCUGGGCGAUGAAGGUCCUCGAUGACAACGGUGAUGGCUACACCUCUUGGUCCAUUGAAGCCGAGCAGUGGAUUUUGACGUCUGGUUUGAGGCCAGCAGUGGUCAGCAUGAGCUUGUCGGGGGCUGGAAAUAGCAAGCCGGAGAAGGUCUCGAUCGACACUUUACUUGCCGAUGGUGUGACCGUGGUGGUGGCUGCAGGGAACCAGAAUACAGAUGCGUGCGCUUACAAUCCAGCGUACAUCCCGUCGGCGAUCACAGUGGCAUCUUAUGGCGGAAAUUCGGGUUCUUCAUCGGCCAUGUCACCUUUCAGCAAUUACGGGUCUUGCGUAGAUCUCUGGGCUCCAGGCACGUACAUCCUCUCGACGUACCAUGCCAGCGACACCAGCUUGGGGGUAUCUUCGGGUACGUCGAUGGCUUGUGCUCAUGUCUCCGGGCUCGCGGCCAUUAUGUACGAGGCAUACCCUUCGGCGGGAUCUAUGACAGCUUCACAGAGGUGGGAUCUCCUCACGGCUUCGCAUCGCACUGGCUAUGUCACGGGAAUACCCGCGACCCCAGCCACGGUCAAUUUGGUGGCCUUGGUUCCCCCACCGACACAAGCACCGACGCCCAGCCCGACACCCAUCCCGUCCGAGAGACCGACGAUCCCGGAUUCCGGAAUCCCGUCCGCGACUCCGUACGCCAGCAGGAUAUCAUUUGUGACGACAGGGUUCGAUUACGCGACGUUGGCGGCCAACAGCAUGGUCGAAGCUAUCUUUAAGGCGAUUGUUGCCAACAGCGUCUGCACGGAAGUCGCCCGGCCAGUUGCCGACUGCGAGGUGAUUUUGUCGGCAGGCUCGAUCGCGGUUGUCGUCAGGAUCGCCCAGAACACCCUCCAAGAGGCCGAGGCUACCACCGCCGAUCUCGGCACGAAUGCAGGCACCAUCACGGCCAAAAUUGUAGCGGGUACAGCUGGCAACGCAGAUGUCAUGAGCCUCCAUAACUCGCCCUCGCCUAUUACCAUUCCCGCCGGAACCGUCGCAGUCUCGACCGAGAACGGCGACGAGUCGUCCGCAGUAGGCGACCCACACUUGACGAGUGUUACUGGGAAGAAGUUUGACGUCAACAUGCCUGGCAGCUACGUGCUGCUGAGGGCCCCCCAGGACCAGCGGCUGCCCGCCAAGCUGGAGCUGAACGCCACCCUCGGGCCCUUCGCGGGCAAGCCCUGCGGCCUCUACAUCCACAGCAUCGAGCUCGGCGGCGAGUGGCUGGGCGACCAGGUCGUGGACGUGGUGCCGCUUCGGCGCAACGCCGACGGCCCGAACGGCGCAGGCAGCGGCACGCUCCGCCCGUUCUCCGUGCGGGCCCGGGCCAGGCGAGCCGCCGCGCACGCGGCCGUGGACGAGUACGAGCCGUGGGGCGAACUUCACCAGGGGGGACGCGGUCUCUCUGGGCACGUCCGCCUCGUGCCCGUGUGGAGACAGGUCUACGCCGACGCCGGCAGGCCACAGGAGGCGCAGGCCUUCCAGUUCCACGUCCGAGGCGCCGGUGCAGGGCCCGUCGCCACGCUGGAGGUGGCCCAGGCCGCCCACCAGGCGCUCGACUUCCGGGCCACGGGCCUCCGGAGCCUCGGGUUCGAGAGGCUGGGCGGCCUGCUCGGCACGCAGGGGCACGACCCGCGGGUGGAGCGGGUCGCCGACCCGUGCCGGGCCUUCCGGGCGAGGUCCAGGCAGAGCUGGGGUGGGGCAGUGGCGGAGCAGUCGGGCUCGUCGGUGACCGCCUCCUGGGGCGGGCCCCGCUGA